AUGGGUGCUCCAGAUGUUGUACCGCCUCAGAUUGGCUUGGCCGCGCUGCCUAAUCAGCGCCAUCGCAUCAUCUCCAUGAAAGGGGCAACCCUCACCAUCAUGCUUGCUGGUGAAUCAGGACUUGGCAAGACCACUUGGCUCAAUACGCUCUUUAGCACAACCAUCAAGUCCUAUCAAGACAACCGCAAGCGCCACAACCGCACCUCAGAAAAGACAACAGAGAUUGAGCUGACGCGUGCCGAGCUGGAGGAGAAGAACUUCAAAGUCAACCUCAAUGUUGUGGAUACGCCUGGAUUUGGCGACUUUGUCAAUAACCGUGAUGCAUGGCAGCCUAUUGUGGAGUUCCUGGAUGAUCAGCACGAGAGUUUCAUGCGACAGGAGCAGCAACCUCAGCGCGGUACAAAAGUGGAUAUGCGUGUGCAUGUGUGUCUCUACUUCCUCCGACCAACAGGACAUACCCUCAAGGCUCUUGACAUUGAGUGCAUGAAGAAACUAGGCUCCCGAGUCAAUCUCAUUCCAAUCAUUGCAAAAGCGGAUACCCUCACGCCAAGUGACUUGGCCAAGUUCAAGCAGCGCAUUCGAGCAUGCAUUGAAGCGCAAGGUAUCCAAAUCUUCACGCCGCCCAUUGACAGCGACGACCCACCUGCCGCUGAACACGCAGAGGUCCUCAAGGGAGCCAUUCCCUAUGCUGUGAUUGGCUCUGAUAAGGAUGUCCAAACGCACGAUGGUCGCGUGGUCAAGGGACGUCAGUACAGCUGGGGUGUCGCUGAGGUGGAGAAUGACGACCACUGUGACUUUAAGAAAUUGCGAUCCCUGCUCAUUCGCACACACAUGUUGGAUCUCAUUUCAACGACAGAGGAUCAGCACUAUGAACUCUAUCGCUCAUCGCAGAUGGAGACGCGUAAGUUUGGUGAAGCAAAGGCCAGAAAGUUGGAGAACCCAAAGUUCAGGCAGGAGGAGGAAGAGUUGCGAAAGCGAUUCACUGAGCAAGUCAAGGUCGAGGAGGCCCGGUUCCGAGCUUGGGAACAGCGAUUGAUCAGCGAGCGUGAUCGACUCAACAAGGACCUCGAGACGUCUCAUCUCGCCAACAAGGCUGCUGAGCAGGAACUUGAAAUGCUGUCGAAUGCGUCUGGUUCGACUGGCAGGCGACGAUAG